GAAUAACAAGUACAUGAAAAUAAACUGAUAAAACAAGAUAGAGCGGUGACUCUAAAGUCUAAAGAUAUGAAUUCACGUGUGAUGCACAGUCACCAAGGGGAUAUAUUCACUGCCUACAGCCGGUCAAUCCCCGUCACCUUCCUUUUUCCGAUAAGUUUUAAAACUUCCAAAAAAACAAAAUUUUAUGUUUUAUUUUUUGGGUUUUUCAUCACCUGCCCUGCACAAAAGAAGAGCAGUAGAGAAGACUGUGCCAUUUUCUUUUUUCUUUUUUUUAAUGUAAAAAAUCUCUUUCUCUUUCUAUAACUAGGAUUGUUAAAUUCUCCCAUUGCUUUCAUGUCUGUAAUGGCCAAAAUAUCUUCUUUUUUCUCUUUUCCUGUACAAAAUUGAUGUCUUUGUUGCACUUUUGAUAGUUCUUUACCACUUUCUCCUUUUUAGCUGAUCUGGGUCUGGGGUUGUGAUGAUUUCACUUUUUUUUGUUUAAGAGUCUUGACGAGGAAGCUGAGUAAGGGUAUCUUUAGUAGUAGUAGUAGUAGUAGUAGUAGUCAAGAGCUUUGGUAUUAGGGAAGAAGAUUGCAUUUUUUUUACCAUCUUUUCUUUGAUGAUGAUGAUGGUAUUAGUGGUGAAGAAGAAGGAGGAGGUUACUUUUUUGACCAGAGAAAGACAUCAGAUAAAGCAAACAACAAUGAAAAGUAAAAGAAUGGGGAAGAAAAGAUGCCCCCUUUGAUUGGCAUUCUUCUUAUUUGUCAGUGAAAGACAAAGGAAGAGAGAUAAAACAAAACUCUUGCCUUCUUCGGUAGUCUUACUCUUUUCUUUUCUUUCUUUCAUUUUUUCUUUCCCGCACGCUUCUUGUUUGCUGGAUGUGAUUUGUCUUCUUCAAGGCUAAUUCUCUUGUAAAUUAGCUCUCUUUGUUUUCUUUUGGGAACAAAAAUAAAAGGGUCUUUGUUAGAUUCUUUCCUGUUGUAGUCUAGCAUUUCCAAAAGGGUAUUAAAAAAUGCCAAUGUAUCAACCAUCUAGUCGAAGAGAAGCUGACAUGAAGCUUGAUAGCCAAGUUCUAGAUCUUGAAACGGCUGUGAAAGAUGGCAUUUUGGGAGGCGGUUGUGGGGUAAUAUCCACUGAUUUUGCGUUAGAGAAAUUGGAUCUGAAGAUAAUGAUUGAAGAGCUUGAGUCCAUGGAUGUGCCAACGGUUUUCAUAUGUCCAAUUUCUUUGGAGCCAAUGCAAGACCCGGUGACUCUUUGCACUGGCCAAACCUAUGAGAGAUCCAACAUUCUUAAAUGGUUCUCUUUAGGCCAUUACACUUGCCCCACCACGAUGCAAGACCUUUGGGAUGAUUCAGUGACUCCAAACAAGACGCUUCAGCAGCUAAUUUAUAGUUGGUUUUCUCAGAAGUAUUUGACUAUGAAGAAGAGGUCAGAGGAUGUGCAAGGAAGGGUCAAAGAAGUUUUGGAGAGCUUGAAGAAAGUUAAGGGUCAAGCUAGAGUUCAAGCUCUUAAGGAGCUUCGGCAAUUGGUUCAAGCUCAUGGGACAGCUAAGAAGACUGUUAUGGAAAAUGGAGGCGUUGGUUUGGUUUCAUCUUUGCUAGGUCCUCUUACAACUCAUGCUGUUGGAUCAGAGGUAAUUGGAGUUAUUGUGAACUUGAAUCUUGAUUUAAAUUCCAAGUCUGAUUUAUUGCAGCCUGCUAAACUAUCUUUAAUGGUGGAUAUUUUAAAUGAAGGGUCGAUUGAGACCAGGAUUAACUGUACGAGGUUGAUUGGAAUGUUGAUGGAAGGGAAUGAUUUUGCUUCCGAAAAUGUUGCAAGUUUGAGUCUUUUAGUUGCGUUGUUGAGGUUAGUGAAAGAUAAGAAGCACCCAAAUGCGGUAUCGGCUGGAUUGAGUUUGCUCAAGACAAUAUGUUCUCAUGAAUCAGUUAGGAGCUCUUUUGUCAAUGUUGGGGCAGUUCCUCUAUUGGUUGAGCUGAUGCCUGGUUUGAAUAAUGAGUGUUUGGAAUUAGUCCUUUAUAUAUUGGAGCUUUUGUCGAGUAUUCCAGAAGGAAGAUUGGCUUUGAAAGAUUGUCCAAAUACCAUACCAAAUGUGGUGAAAUUAUUGAUGAAAGCUUCUGAAAACUGUACUCAGUUUGCAUUGUCAAUACUAUGGGCCAUUUGCAAGUUUGCACCGGAGGAAUGUGCUUCACUUGCUGUGGAUGCAGGUCUGGCUGCAAAGCUCCUUCUAGUUAUACAGAGUGGUUACAAUCCUGUGUUGAAGCAACGGUCUGCAGAGUUGUUGAAAUUGUGUAGCCUAAAUUACACGGCUACCAUCUUUAUUUCCAAGUGUAAGCUUACAAGAACGAUUCAAUGAAGGAAAGUAGCAGCAUGUUGAUAUACACGACUUUCUUCUUUUUUUUUUUUUUCUUGUCCAAUAUGACAAAUGGAGCUGAUGAGCAUCCAGUUUUGGAGAGCUCAGAAUGAGUUCAAUCCGGGUUUCUGAGGUACCCUUUACUCUCUUGUGCAUACUAAAGAAUUUCCUAUGUAUAAUUGUUUCACAUCAAGUAGCAGCAUACUGUGGAUUUGAGCUAAUUGGAAGUUGUGUACUCACCAACCCACUGUCUGUAAGCUCAAGUUUCUGCCCAUAUUUUCCAAUAAUUCCCAGCAAGGUUGUGAUUCAAUCUGUUUGUGUCACUGUUGCAUGUUGUCUCAAUCCACCAGAGAAAUGUAACUGUAAACACUCUUAAAAUGAGCUGAGUGGAGGUUGAGAAGUGGUGAUAGAGGGAAAUGAUACGAGGAGGGGAUUCCUGUUGGCAUUCGUGUCAUUUGUAAUUCUAGUUAGUUUUUAUGGGAAGCCCUGUCCCACUGAUCCCCAGAUUUCCUUCAUUUCUGUAAGUUUUUGUGAAAAGCUUAAUUUAUACUUGGUUGAAAGAGU